CUACCAUCGUGGGAACCAAACGCGAAGAAUUUAUUUUCUGACGCGCAUUUUAACGUGUUCAAAAACGUGUUUUUCAAAAUUGUGGUCUUAAAAAGUACUAUUUAAUUACUUUAUCAGUGUAUUUUUCGAAGUGUCCGUGGUAAUUUGAUUGUGAAUUUAAAAGAGCGCAGUCGGCAUGCGGUGGCCGUGAGAUGGACGGUAUUCAGAUGGAGCCCAUCGGCAAGUAUAAGGCCGACCGCAACGGAUCCGCUAAGGCGGCUGCGUGGCGUAACAUGGUGGAUCAAGAUCUCGACGAUGUAGCAUUUUUAGCAGACACAGACAAGGCCCGCGAAGCGCGUGAGCUAGGCGACGCGCCUGUCGCGGUGUGCUCGCAGCGUCGUGCGAUAUGUCUCGCCGCGUUAGUCUUCACUGCCAUGUUCUCUACUGCCCUGAUCAUUGUGUACGCUACUCCGCAACCUGAAUGCCCAUGCCUACCCGAGUCUGAUCUAAUGCCCGGUCAACCUCCAACGGGUUCAGAAGAAAAUGCCACUGCAGCUAAUAAAGAACGAAUAGCAAGCAAUGGCAUGGUGUUCCCAUGGCGCGGUGCGAGGUUGCCAACUUUCCUGAUUCCCAAACACUAUAGCUUAUGGCUACAUCCCAAUUUGACCACUGGAGAACUAAGGGGUGAGGUCUCAAUAGACUUCAAAGUGGACCGUGACACGAUCUUCGUAGUCUUCAACGUGCGUGACAUGAAUGUGACGGAACGAGCUUUGUUCAAGACCGGGGGGUCUUUGGGACCCAAGGUCGUUAAGAGCCUGGACUACCCUCCUGCGGACCAGACUUAUAUUGAAUUUAAGGAAAAGCUCCGACGGAAGUUCAACUACACGCUGAGCCUCAGAUUCAUCACGAAGCUGGAUAGAAGUGAUAAACAACGAGGCUUCUUCUUAGCUGGCACGCAUCGACAUCGGUGCGCGGUUUCGCGAUUCUGGCUCACGCACGCAAGAUCGGCCUUCCCAUGCUUGGACGAACCGCAUCUGCGAGCCACCUUCAAGCUGACGAUUGUGAGAGAUAGAUUCCACGUUUCUCUUACCAACAUGCCCAUAGUGGCCACCGAGGAGGCCGGCUUCUAUUUGGGACAUAGGCUGCUUCAAGACGAAUUCGCGGUAUCCCCGCCAAUGGCUCCCCACAUGAUGGCUCUAGCGGUGUGCAGACUGCAGAGGAGGGCCGCACCUCCCCUCCCCACCAACACCUCUGACGUCACCGAGGCACCGGACGAGCUUACGCCACCCCCGCCUGAAAUCAGCCUGUAUAGCGACCAGCAAGUCAUUUUGGAUGAGUCUGGACCGCUGCUAGAAUGGGUGCAGAAGACAAUCCAGCUGUUCGCCUAUGAAUUGAAUACGUCGUAUCCGCUGCCGAAAUUUGAUAUCGUGGUGGUGGAAGGCGGCAACCAGUAUUCAGAAGGCUGGGGCCUGAUAACCCUGUCACCUUCCAUGCUGAGUGAUACAAAGGUUAUCGCCAGAUUAUUGGCUCAACAGUGGUUUGGAGGUCUGGUGUCUCCUCGCUGGUGGAGUGCUCAGUGGCUACUGGAGGCCCUCACGUCAGUUCUAGGGGAGAGGGCGCCCGCUCUAGGAGGGGCUCCAGCUGAGAGGGAACAAGAUGCUAUACUGCUGGACCAUGUGUUACCAGCACUGAGACUGGAUUCGAGCACCUCGGUCCGAGCGGUGGCGUCGCCGAGGCUGGAGCGAGCGGACAUCGAGUCAGCUGCUGAUGAACUGUCCCUACAUAAGGGUGCGGCGAUAGUGAGUAUGGCGAUAGAAGCGGCGGGGCAGGAGGCGGGGCGCGCGGCGCUCGCACGGCUGUUGCGCGACCAUCGCUCCGCCAGCGCGGACGCCAGGGACCUCUGGCGAGCCCUCCAACACGACGGCACGGAUGAGGCGCCGGCCCACGCGUGGGACGGCUGGUGUGAGCGGCCGGGAUACCCGCUACUCUGUGCCAACAUCUCUGGGACUGAUGUUGUGUUGAAGCAGGAGAGAUUCGUGAUGUCUGCCGAUCCCCCGGACCCUGAGCCUCCGAUGUUGAACCACCUCCUCACUUUGGAACUGCGUUCUGAACUCGAUGAAUUAUUCUUCGAGCCGGAAAACUUCACAGAAAUCAUAGAGGAGGACAUAAACGCCACCACAACCACUCUUAUUCCCACCACAACCACCAAAAAGCCAACCGUCAAAACCACCAAAGCACCACCAACGCCUAAAUGGGUGAUACCGGUCACAUUCUCCGUCGGGCCUCUCGAGCGUGAUGAGGAAGAACUGGAGAAUAUUACGAAGUUAUGGAAGAAUGUUACUGAGAAUAUACAUAACGGGACAUGGUAUGACAUAGUGAAUACGAACGAGACGAAGAAAACUUCGAAGUGGUCCGAAAACGUCACUUACCUUGUAUGGAUGAAUGACACGGAAAUGGUCAUACCGGAAUUGGGCAAACACAAAUGGGUCAGAUACAACGUUGGAGCCCGUGGUCUGUACAGAGUUGCGCCACAAGACAGAAACGCCGGGGAGUCGGCGGAGGCGGCGGCGCAAAGGGCAGCAGCUCUGUACGAGAGCGGAGCCCCUGCGGAGCGCGCGUUGCUGCUGGAUGACGCCUUCGUGCUGAGCCGGGCUGGCCGGCUGCCCGCCAGCAGGGCCAUAGCGGCCGCUGCACAUCUAACAACCGAGCGGCACUGGGCAGUGUGGCGCGUGGUGGUGGGCCACCUGUCGUGGUGGCGGGAACUGCUGCAAGUGUCCGCGUCGGGCCCGCGCGUGCUGGCGCUGCUCAGCACCCUGCCGCCGCGCCUGCCCCUGUACACCGGCCAGGACUUGCAGGAGGCGGCGCUCAAUGAGGACCAGCUGUGGCUAAGUGGCGCGCUGCUGACCGCGGGCGUGGAGUGGGGCAACGAGAAUGUGACGGAGCAGGCGCUAGAGUUGUUUGACGCGUGGCUCGGCGACAAUGAGACCAUUCCUGACAUUUACCAAGAGGCAGCGUUCACGGCAGGCGUGAGGAAGCAUGGUGAGUCGGCGUGGCAAGCGUGCUGGAGCGCGCUGCUCGCCUCGCACGCCGCCGCUCGCCCGCUGUACUCGCACGCGGCCCUUCUAGCGGCACUCGCCUCGCCUGUGGACGACUGGCUGUUGUACAGGUUCGCAUACACGGUGCUGUCGAGCGAGGCGCAGCGAGGCCGCGAGUGGAAGACGUGGGUGACGGCCUUAUGCGCGGGAGUGUGCAGAUGGCGUGGCGCGGCAGGAAUAUGGCGGAUACUGCAAAUGGCGCCUCUGCCACCAUCCGCCUUGCAAGCGGCCGCGAGGUGUCUGCACCAACCGGGCGAUUAUUAUAGGUUUAAAGAGUUAUUCGGUGAGCAGAAAGGUGCUCUGCUCGCUUUAGACACCAUAUCUCUGAACGCCGCGUGGGUGUCAAGAGCCGAUGCAGACUUGCUCGCCUAUUUCAACUCCGUACACAAGAAGAGUGGGUAAAGCCGUCAUCACUGUGCUGUACUCUAUACGACCAAUAAAGACAACAAUAAUUACAAACGGCGUCGAAGUGUAAAGUAUGGGCUGAAGCUGUAAAGCCCGUUUUACAAGCGAGUAAACCGCUGCCCGUUUUGAGACGUUCACUCGAUUUUGCGCGGCGAUUUUCUUGCAAGUGAAGGGUGAGCGUAAGAAAAUGGUUUUAAAACAGUUUCUACAACGUAUUUAUUUUUGCAGUCAUAUAAAAUCAUUUCCGCUAAUUUCAUCAUUUUAAUUUGAGAAGACUUUUUGUUUUAAUCAUUUCAAAAACACCACCAAGUCGUAUCAAAUUCGUCAUUCGCCAUCGUACACUCGUCAGUCAAAUUCGUGACUCGUUGACAAUUACUUUGCACUCUAAGGUUCUAAGACUUAAGUUUCAGUUAAAAUGAGACAGAUUUAUGCCAGCCAUAUAACGCUGUCUCGUUUUAACAGCCUCUUAUGUCUGAGUAAAGUGAAAGUGCACUCUAUACAUCCCAGCCUAAUUCUCUAAUAAGUUGACGAUGAUGAUGAACGAUAGAAUCCGUGAAAAACUGUUUCAUGGAUGGUUCGCGGACUUUGUGGGUGAAGAGCGGGUUACAACUUACAAGUAUGAAAAUGCCUUCGAAUAGAAUAAAUACUAAUAGAUUAGCUUGUUAUUAUCAUGAAUUGAUUGAAAUAUUAUAUUAUGUAGGUAUAUUCCACAGUUAAUCAUGCACACACAUAUAUUUAUAUUGCAUAUCAUUAUAUUCAUUAACAGUUAACAUACAAUAGUAGUCGGAACUGGUUAAGUGAGAAUUCUCUUUGACUAGAGGCUGAUUUUUCUGUAAAAAAUCUGUUAAAAUGUCGUUCCUUAGGCAAAAGUUACUUGGCUGUUCAAAAAUUGGCCCUAAUAGUGACAGGGCCCCUAAAACUCGAAAAAAAGAAAGAAAAUCGUAAUAUUUCAGCUUUAGUAAAAAUAUUAAAACAGAUCCCUUGCACAAAUUAUCGGGUUGUUUUAUACAAUUAAUUACUAUGUGGUAUCUAUAUUUGUUUUGUUUGAAUGUCUCGUGGUUAUCGUACGAAUAUGAAAUAUUUUCAUACUCAUGCAAGAAAACUAUAUAAUAAUCAAACUAGAGCAGGAUCGAAUAGCCACGAAGAAUACUAGCCAUGCUAAUCAUGACUAAUACUCCCCUUUCCCCUCCAAUUAAGCGUAAAGCUUGUGCCAGGAGUGGGUACGACAAUAGUGCAACGGGUGGGGUUUGAACC